AAGCGAGCAUGACUAUGCACGAGGCGGGAGCAUGCGUCGACGCGGGGCAGAAGAGGCCCGACGCAGCCGCCGACAACUGCCCCGUCGAGCUGCCCAGCUGCGGGAGCUGCAGCCGGUCCUCGCAUGGAGCUGUUAGUAAAGAUUAUCUUUAGCAUCGCUCUGUGCUUUGCACAAAGUCUCUCCCCUGCUACGGGUUACAGGAUACUUGGAGUGUUCCCGCACACUGCUAAAAGUCACUUUAUCAUGAGUGGGGCCAUCAUGAGGGGGCUCGCGGAAAGAGGUCAUGAAGUUGUAGUCAUAAGUCCUUUCCCUGAAAAAGUCGCUCCGAAAAACUACAAGGACAUAACUCUCCUUAAAGAAGAGGACACUAUAGUUAACGCUUUUGGAAUUGAUAGUUUCGACGGAAAGGGAAUCGUGAAUAUAUAUCGUCUGCUAUACGACAUCGCAGCGCAGAUGUGUGAAUACACGUAUUCGUCUCCGAAAGUGAAGGAGCUGCUGGGAUCCGACGAGAGGUUUGACCUCGUGAUCGUGGAGAUAUUCAACACGGACUGCUUCCUCGCCUUCGCCCACAGAUUCAACGCCUCCGUCGUCGGCAUCAGCUCGUCGGCGAUGCUGCCCUGGACCAGCGAGAGGUUCGGCAACCCGGACAACCCCUCCUACGUCCCGGUGAUCGUCACCGACCAUCACGACAGGAUGAGUCUCGCCGAGCGGCUCGCGAACGCCGCGAUCCUGUGGUCGAGCAACCUCAUGUACAGGUGGUUGUUCAACGCCAAGGCGAACCAGGUCGUGCGGCGACAUUUCGGGGAGCUGGCGCCGACGGUCGAGGAGAUGGCCAGCAGGAUGAGCCUGUUCGUGGUCAACUCGCACCCCGCCUUGCACCAGUCCAGGCCCCUGGUGCCGGCGGUCGUGGAGGUGGGCGGCCUCCACGUGAAGGAACCGAGAGCGAUUCCGCAGGAAAUCGAGAGGUUUCUAAACGAAUCCGAACACGGAGUGAUAUACUUCAGUCUGGGGUCCACAGUUCGGUCGGACUCGUUCCCGGAGGAAAUGCGCAAAGCUUUUCUGGACGUGUUCUCGGAGCUGCCGCAGCGAGUCUUGUGGAAGUGGGAGUCGGGUUCGAUGCCUGGACGGCCCGGCAACGUGCGUGUGUCCAAGUGGAUGCCCCAGCUGGAGAUUCUGAGUCAUCCAAAUGUGAAGGCAUUCGUGACGCACGGCGGACUGAUGGGAACAAUGGAGGCUGCCUAUUUUGGAGUUCCCAUGGUGGCCAUCCCACUGUUCGGAGACCAGUUCUUCAAUGUCAGGUCCUAUGUGGAGAAAGGGAUUGCUGUGAAACUGGACUACGGUGCCAUCAACAAAAAUACAGUUAUGACUGCUCUCAAGACAGUCCUGGAGAACAGCAGUUACGCAGAGAAUGCCAAACGCAUCUCUAGAAUUCUCCGCGACGGGCCAAUGUCGCCGCUGGAUACUGCCAUGUUCUGGAUCGAGUAUGUCGUCAGGCAUGGAGGGGCGCCCCAUCUCCGCUCCGCUGCCGCGGAUCUAGCUUGGUACCAGUACUUGCUGCUAGAUGUAGCUGCGGUGCUGCUCUUAGGGUUUGCCGUCGUCUCGACCCUGCUGUUCUUGUUGCUGAGGUCUGCCGCACGCAGGUUCUCUCCCGGCAUCCGGAAGCACGCUUCAUCGAAGCAGACGAUGAAACUCAAAAGUAAAUAGUGGCAAUGCAUACAAGAAAGUAUUUACUGUACAAGUUUUCAGCGCACAUUGUCAAGACUGCUGAUGGUUUCUCCGUGUGCUUCUGAGUAGUAUAUAAACGUUUCUCCUGGUGCUGUAUUAUGGGUGAAGAGCGAGGAGAUUGUCCGUCAUCUUGGAUUGUGACAUCACGGCGGCCAUCUUGGAUUAUCUUGACAUUUGACUUUGAAAUUUAACAUUAACCUUUGGCUUUUUACCUUGACCAAAACUUUUUGGCAGAAAUAGUUAUAAAGUACUCAAAAUUUGCCAACAUUUCCUGAAAAUUCGCCAAAAUGAAUCAAAUUUUCCGUUUUUUUAAUAUAAAAAUCCCGAUUACAGUCUGCGAUUCAUUGCGAGAAGUAUUUGUGAUCAGAGCAGCAAUGCCAUCGGUCACAGUCUUGUAGAUAAAUACUUCUAUUUCGUGCAACAUGCAUGACAAGCGCUCCAGCUUAUGGGGGGAAAUACUAGAGUUAAAAACUUACUAUUCUUCCUUUACCACCAAUAGGAGAGCAGCGUUCAGCAAACUGUGGCUGCUGUCAAGCCACCAGUAGCAAUGUAGUUUCGGUUACUGUAAAUUUGUGAUUAAUAACAAGCAACCAAAGGCAGCGCAACCUUCUUUACUUUACGGUAAUAUGAGCGGCAAGUUAUUUUUUUCUUUAUAAAUAUGGCAUUUGUUGGUAUCGAAGCCCCUAACAGAAGAACAAGAUAUGUCACCCAGGAUAUUAUGUUAUAGCAAAGAAAAACAAAUAUAAAGAAAUUUACAUUAAAAAAAUUACUAAAGAUGUUAGUGUGCAAUGUAAACUGCCUUAGGUAUGGAACGAUGAUUUAGACAAAAUAAUGAUAGAAACACAUAUGCUUUCUUGUAACAGUGUAUAUUGAUGCAUUUUAUUUAAGAAAAUUGCCAUAUAGAUACAUUUAUCAAAAAAAUCAUGCCUCCUCUAAUAUUGUUUUUAAAGAAUAUUACUGUAACUCAAAAAGAAUACAAAAAAAAUUUGUUAAAUUGCGUCAAUUGCAAUAUAGUUUUAAUGGUAAACAGUAUAAAUACAUGUUUAGGUACAUAUAACGAUUAUUAUGCUUUUGAAUAUUUCAGGAUGCGCAAGAUUUUCAAAAUGCGAAAAAUCACAAACUCAAAGUAAUGAAUACAGCUAUACACAGUAUACUUUUUUUUUUUUUUGGAACUAGAUGCCAGAAAUAUAUUUUGUAUUAAACAAGCA